AUGGCUGCUUCACGGGCGGUUCAACACCUCAAGGCAACUUACACCUUCCUCAAAACCCCCAUCAUCAUCUCCGCGCCUAUGCGCGUCUUCGCUGGUCCGGACCUCGCUGUUGCAACAUCCCGCGCAGGAGGUCUAGGCUUCAUCGGCCCGGGCGUGCGGCCUACGGACUUGGAUUCCAAGCUUGAGAAGGCGCGGAGCCUCUUGCAGCAGACGCCCAUCCCUGCCCACGACUCUAUCUCGGCGAAUGCUUCGGAUAUUGACUGCCUUCCCAUUGGAGUAGGUUUUCAGCUUUUCGACGGUGAUCUCGAAGUUGCUGCCGCGGCUGUACGCAAACACAGGCCUGCCGCAGCGUGGUUAUUUGUUCCGGCAUCUGGCCAAUCUGAGUUAGAUCAGUGGACACUGAGAAUACGGAGAGAGUCACCGUCCACGAAGAUAUGGAUCCAGAUUGGGUCUGUCGCCGAAGCUGUUGCUGCAGCGAAAAGCACCCAUGCGCCGGAUGUGCUGGUCGUGCAGGGGAUUGAUGCUGGUGGGCACGGUCUCAGGAAAGGUGCAGGAAUUGUAUCACUGCUUCCAGAGGUAGCGGACGCCCUGCAAGAACUGGGAUCUGAAAUUCCACUCGUCGGCGCUGGUGGAGUUGCGGACGGUCGAGGAGUUGCUGCUGUCCUAGCGACGGGCGUUGCAGCAGGUGCCGUGAUGGGCACCCGUUUCCUCGCCAGCAACGAGGCCGAAAUCAAGAAGGGAUACCAAGAGGACGUGCUGCGAGUAUCGGACGGCGGCCAAAGCACCAUCCGCACGGAUCUGUUCGAUAGACUCCAGGGGAGGGAUGAUUGGCCGCCACGCUACGACGGACGUGCAAUCAUCAAUGGAAGCGUGAGAGAUGACCUAGCAGGUAUGGAGUUAAAGCAGAACAAGCAGAUAUUUCAAGAACAAUUGAAGAAUGGGUCGAUUGGUUGGGGAGAGGACGGAAGAAUGACGGCGUAUGUAGGAAGUGCCGUAGGGCUGGUGCGUGCGGUUGAUUCGGCACAAGAGAUUAUCGAAAGGUCGAGGGGAGAAGCCAAGGCAGCUCUGCAGCUGGCCCUGGACGAGCUGGGGAAUUGA